AUCAAUUAACUAAAUAUCCAGUCAUGCAGUGCCACUGUGACUGUGAAGAGUCGUGACAAGCUUGAUAAUGCGUUUUAAAAUAAUUGUUGCAAUAAAAAACUCAUAAUGGGGAGUCAUUUUUGAAUGCUAUUAAGUAAAUUAUAAUUCCUUUCCAAUUCCACCAUUUUAAAAAGUCUAACCUGUUUGAAGUGGAACUCUGUUUUCCUUCAAAAUUCACUCCCCAGACUCUGCCCCCCCAGGUCCCCCCCACAUCCAGCCAUGCAUAUUGACUUUCAGCUAUACAAAUAAAUCUGUUGUCUUUUAUAUAUAAACAAACAAAGACUUCAAGCCUUUUACACCAGAUAACACACAAACCAUUGCACUGUUUCUUCAAAGACUCCACCCCUAAAUCUCUAUUAAGGACCAUUUAAAAAAAAAACAUCUUCCAGUGUUGGUCUCAAUCUAAAUCCACAUCACACACAGAAAGUCAUCCUACUGUAUGAAUGAAUUACAAUAUAGUAAGGCAAAGAAAAGUAUUUUACACCCCAGAAAUUAUAUCCUUGGACACAUUUUUGGACCACCAAGCUGAACUUCCUAUCAUAACAAACAAACGAUGUACUGAUAUGAAUCAAAAGGUCUGUGUUCAUUCAGAUGUGCAUGUCUAAAGCUCCGCCUCUUCUAUCUUGUCCUUGUAUGUAAAUACCGUCUCCACCUCUUGUGAUCUCACAAAUCUAAUUAAGAAUAGGACCAAGUGAUGUUAUACAGGCACACAGUCGAGGUUGAUGUCGUCUCCGAGCGUGUCUUUCCAACAGAGCACAAGAGCUGUUGCCUCUACAAGCUUCAUUCAUGUGAUCUCUUCAAACACAUCGCCUCUUUGAUGAUGUUCAGCCAAUGAGCCAUCUUAUCUGUCUUUCACAUUGUCUUGUAAAAAUCUUUUAGUCCCAAUCUCUCAGACCUGACCUACUACGAAGCUACAACCUACAGAUUUCCAUCAAUAUGGAGGACCACCAUUGCGGAGACUCCUUGUUCCCAACUUCCACCCUCAUUCCGGUCACCAUCAUCUGCCUCCUCCUUUUCAUCGUCGGUGUGACCGGCAACACCAUGACCAUCCUCCUAAUCCAGCGUUUUAAGGAUAUGAAGACCACCACCAACCUUUACCUCUCCAGCAUGGCCGUUUCAGAUUUGGUCAUUUUCUUAAGCCUACCCUUUGACCUCUACCGUCUCUGGAAGUACGUCCCGUGGGUCUUCGGUGAGCUGGUGUGUCGUCUGUCGCACUACAUCAACGAAGGUUGCACCAACGCUACCAUCCUUCACAUAAUGGUGCUGAGCAUGGAGCGUUACUUGGCCAUCUGCUUUCCUUUCAAAGCCAAGGCUGCCAUCACCAAGCGUAGGGUCAAGUACGUCAUUCUUGCACUGUGGGGAUUUGCACUGCUCUCCGCCGCACCAAUGUUCUUCUUGAUGGGUGUGGAAUAUGAGAACGAGACCACGCCUGACCCGAAUACACGCCAGUGCAAGCACACGCACUACGCCAUUGACUCGGGUCUUCUCCACACCACUAUCUGGGUGUCAACUGCAUACUUUUUUUGCCCCAUGUUCUGUCUGCUGUUUUUGUACGGGUCCAUUGGCCGCAAGUUGUGGAAGAGUCGUCACGAGCUUCACGGACCUAAUGCGGAAGCCAGGCAGAAGGUUCACAGACAGACCGUCAAGAUCUUGGCUGUUGUUGUGUUGGUCUUUGCAAUCUGCUGGCUGCCCUACCACAUCGGUCGAUUUCUUUUCACAAAUGUAGAUGACUACCACUCGGCACGUCUCAGUCAGGAUUUCAACGUGGCCUCCAUGGUCCUGUUCUACCUCAGCGCCUCGAUUAACCCCGUUCUCUACAACCUCAUGUCCAACAAGUACCGCUCCGCCGUCAAACGGCUCUUUAUGCUGCCCCGCAGACUCCAUCGCAGGCCCGACCAGAGACAUCUUUCAUCUCGUGAUGACAUCACAGCCUGCACGGAGACUUUCACCGGGAUUAAAGAGACCAUCAUCAGUACGGUGUCUCAUUAAGGAACCGGCUGAAGAGAUUACGGAAACCCGAUAAAUAUAGGAACGUGUCAGUGCCGUGUGGCUCUGAUGGAUGAGAUCUGGAAUAUUGUGUGACUGAAUGGAGAAAUGAUGAGUGUAGGAAAGACUGUAAGCAUUGUGAUUGAUGGAUGAAAUGAUGGAUUACUGCUUCGGUGGUAAUAAAUGAAAAACGUGCCUAGAUCUAUGUUGUGGAAUUUGUAGUAAAGAUUUUUGUAUAAACCUACUGAAAUUAAUUAGAUGUUUUAUAGCUGUUGGUAUGUAAAAGUAUAAGGCAUAAUAUUGAGAAAGGUCGAUUUCUUUUUAGUCUGGUUGGUUACUAGAUCUGACCCAAGUAAGUAACUCAUAAACCGAUGUGUGAUUUUUUUUUUUAAAUGUGUUUAGCAAAAACCCUGGGAGUUGUAGUUUUAAUCCUGUGAUUUGUAGUUUGGAACUAGUUACACACCACACGUUUAAUACUUGGAGUUUUGUUCAAAUGAAUAGUAGUGACAUGUGCUGAAAUAGUCAAUUCUUAUAAGUGGUUUCGAUUGGAUGUCAGUGUAAGACUUAAAAUUGGAUAAUGUAUUUAAAGAAGUUGGUUUUACUUGUAGUUUAAAAAGUGACAAUGUCCAUUAAAAAUCACAUGAUGUCUUUAAAUGUCAGAAGCUAGAAACUGAAUGAAUGCAUAUGUGAAUACAGUAUGUAAAUCAGUUUAAUGUUGUUUUUCUAUUGAAUGUGUAGUGUGGUGCACCUGAGCCCUGUAAUUGAGAUGACCCUGUCUCAGGCUAUAUGUACACAUGUCUUCAUUUGUAAUCUGACAUCACUAUUGUAUUACAGAGGCUCUUUAGGCACAUUAUGCCUUACGUGAACUGCAAUCCAAAUCUUUCAAUUCAAAUUAAGCCUGUUUACUAUUCAGUGCAUUGCAAAAGAAUGAUUCCUUUCAUCAUUACAACUGAGUUUUGUUAAAAUGAUCUUGUUGUUUAAACUGUGAUGUACCUUUUGUGUCAUAAUGUUAUGAUAAAAUAAUUAGAUUGUAU